UCUGAAAUCGCCUUCCGUGUGUGUGUUUGUGUGUGUGUGUGUGUGUGUGAGGCGGGGGUCUUCGCUCUUUCUCUGCCGCCGCCCCUCCGAUCUCUCGGCUCUGCUGGUGGAUGCUACAGACCUUCGGAGCCCAAAGAGGCCGAAAGGGAGCGAGGACGCAGCAGUGCUUGAAGAAACCUGAGGAUCACCAUGGGGAAUCAUGUUGGAAAACGUGACCAGAGUGCUGAGAAGCUAAAGAAUGCUGAAGCACAAGUGGAAGAAGUGGAAAAUAAAGCAAGUCCCAAACCAGUGAGGUUAACCGAGCAAACUUCAGAAGACAAUGAAGUAUUUGGAGAGGCAGAUGUGAACCAGAACAAUGGGACCUCCACUAAGCGCACAGCGGUGACAGACUCCAAGGACACAGCAGACUCAAAGAAUGCCUGGAAGGAGACCAACCCAGCUGACACGACUGGUCGCCCCCAUUUGGUCCGCCUCUUUUCCCGAGAUGCCCCAGGGAGGGAGGACAACACCUUCAAAGAUCGGCCCUCUGAAUCAGAUGAGCUACAGACCAUUCAGGAAGACAGUGCAGCAGCUUCUGAGAAUUCGGAUUUGAUGGCUUCACAGAAACGCUCCUCUUUCCGGCAUGGAUCCAAACUUGCAACUGCAAGCACCAUAGACCAUGCUAGACAUGGAUCCCCAAGAAGAUACAGGGAACCAGGUCUACUUGACUCACUGGGCAGAUUCUUUGGAGGUGACAAACAUGUCCCCAGGAGGGGCAAGUACCAAAGAACUGCAUCUCACAGUACUUUUGAAAAACAUGGGAGCACUAUCAGGACUUCCAUUGGUAUAGCAGGAUGGGAACUUUCAAGUUACACAGAAUUCUUCAUCAGACGAAAUGGAAAGGACUAUCAUCAUGCUGCCAGAGUGAGCCAUGUCAGUUCCCUGCCUCAUCCAAGGUAUCACCAUGGACGAUAUGUGGAUGACAACCCAGUGGUACAUUUCUUCAGGAAUAUUGUGUCACCAAGAACACCUCCUCCUAUGCAGGCAAAGGGGAGAGGAUUAUCCUUCAGCAGAUUUAGCUGGGGUGGCGAAACUCCAAGGCAUGGAUAUGGAUAUGGAAGUGGCAAAUUCUAUGAGCAUAAAUAUGCUCACAAGGGACACAAGGGAUACCACUACGAUGGCCAGGGCACACUGUCUAAGCUCUUUAGACUGGGAGGAUCCGGUUCCCGACCUGGUUCUAGGUCUGGUUCUCCCGUUGCUAGGCGCUGAAGCUCCAAGAUACCAUUGAAGUACUACGUUCUCUGCUUCAUAACAAAGCUGUCUUAAAGAUUUAAUAACCAAUUGCAGAAUUCCCUAGAUAGAAACACAAUCUAUUUGUUAAUGACAGUUGAGUUGUGUAUGCCAUAGGAAUAUAAAAAAAUUCUAUUGGCAAAUGCUGACCAAAAGUUGAACAAAAGCAAAACAACCCUCACCCCCAACUUGCAAUGUAGUUUUUACUUGCUGGCAGCAAUAUUUUACAGGAAGUAAUGGAAUACCCAGUUUUACUCAGUUUUCUUCAAGGUGUUCCCAAAGAAUAUAGGACUUUAGAUUUCUGAGUGCGUACCACAUUAAGUCCCUGACAGAUUUUCAGUUUCCCCCCCCCUACUAAACCCUAAGUAACAACCUAAAAUGCAAUUGUCUACAGUUUUGAGCACUGCCAUUAACAAGCCAUCAAAACCCUUGCUGUAACCCAACAACGAACAAAUAAAAAACAUGUGCAGAAGUUGUAAGGACUGUUUAUCCACACUUUUCAUUUGAUUUGGUUUUGGUCAUUUGUUGUUUUUCUUAGUACCCCCAUAUUUCACUUUUUUUUUUUAAUUUUCCUAACAGGAUUAGCAGUCAUAGAAAGGUUUAUUAAAUUGGGAGUUCAAGGUAUGUGAGAUGUGGAAGAAGGCAGCUGUUACUGUUUCACUGAGACAGAGCAAUGUUCCUAAGGAAUUAUGUACAUUCUAAGGACAUGCUUUGUGCUUGACCAACUGCUCGUCACACCCAACACAUUAGGAAAUGAGUGGCUUGGAGGGAGAAAAGAGGAUAUCAAAUCUGAAUUAGACUAGCUUUACAACAGAAAAUGAGGGAUAAUUCCCAAGAAGCAAAAACCUAGAUUUACACAGAUGGAUAAUGGGAUGUCCCUGCAGCCCCACAUAGGCACUUGCUGCAAAAAUUCUUUUUUGUGGCUAAAUUCUUUUUAAAAGUCUAAUUUCUGAAUGAGAGAAAGCCCUUUGGGGAGGAAAUUUCAGAAAGUACUGCACACCUUAAGUUAGCAUUUCCUGCUGUCAUUAGUGCGGCAAGUUUAAGUACGCAGUGCAUCAGAGUAGAUGACACUUUACAUGUAACAUGGUAGGUAUAUAUUAAUACUAAUGAAGUAGAGCUAGGCAUUAACAGUGUACUAAGGUAUACACAUGUGGAAAUGGGUCUCCCAAACCACAUAAAAAAUGCUCUUCUGAAUUGCACUGUUUUAUAAUCUUCAACCUAUUCUAUCACUCAGUGACCUCCCUUUACUUAUUCAGUGUUUUAUUUGAGCUUCUAUUUUGUAGACAAUAUAUUUAAAACUAAGUUGGUGCCUACCCUUAGCUAAUGCAUAUCAUGAGUUAUCAAUAUUAAUGCCAACUGAUACAUAGAUGUUGUUAGUGAUAGAUCUACCUUAGGUUUCAGACAACAUUCUUAAUAUGCAGCAAUGAAUGACGAGAGGGUAGAAAAACACAGACACUAAACGAAACAGAACACCAAAACUGUUAAGCACAGACACCUAUUACGUCUUUUAAGCUAUGUUGUUGGCUAUGUGUAUUUUUCUAUGUGUAGCCUCAUCCCAUUGUGUAUUCCACAACUUAAUAGUAAGUUUCACUUAAGUGUAUUGUUCUUAAAAGUGUAUGAAUACAACUCCUAAAAAAAUCAUUAUUGAAAUAAAAUACUCAACUUUUAAUGA